ACCACUGGUUUUCCUCCUCGUCUCGCUCAAACCAUGCCUCCGCCAGCGCCUUCCCGCCUCCUGGCCGUCCUCUCCGCCCGCCCCCCUCCGCCGCUCCGCCGCCUCCUUCAGCUCCACGCGCACCUCCUCACCGCCGGCCUUCUCUCCUCCCCGUCCCCACUCCCCCUCUCCUCCAGCCUCGUCGUGGCAUUCGCCCACUCCGACGACCCGCGGCACGCCCCCCGCCCGCUCCUCCACGCGCUCGCCCUCCUCGCCUCCCUGCCCUCCCCGCCCGACUCCGCGCGCCCCUACAACGCCGCGCUCCGCGCCCUCUCUCUCUGCGCGCACCGCGGCCUCGUCCCACGGUGCCUCCCGCUCUACCGCUCGCUCCUCCUGUCCGCCCGCCCGGACCACCUCACCUUCCCCUUCCUGCUUAAGGCGUGCGCGUGCCUGCAGGAGCGGGGCUACGGGGACGCUGUCCUAGGGCAUGUAUUCAGGCUCGGGUUCCACGCGGACGUCUUCGUGGCGAACGCCGCGGUGCACUUCCUGGCGGUGCGCGCGUCCAUGGCGGAGGCACGCAGGCUGUUCGAUCAGAUGCCUGUGAGGGAUCUGGUGUCGUGGAACACGCUGAUUGGCGGCUAUGUGCGAAGGGGCCUACCCGGGGAGGCCUUGGAGGUGUUCUGGAGGAUGGCCGAGGAUGGGACGCUGGCGCCUGACGAGGUGACGAUGAUUGGGGUCGUGUCAGGGUGCGGGCAGCUGCGGGAUCUGGAGCUUGGGAAGAGGUUCCAUGGGUAUGUGGAGAGCAAUGGAGUGAGGUGCACUGUGAGGCUGAUGAAUGUGCUAAUGGAUAUGUAUGUCAAAUGCGGCGAUUUGGAGCGGGCCAAGUCCGUGUUCGAGAGGAUUGAUGGCAAAACGGUUGUUUCGUGGACAACCAUGAUUGUUGCGUAUACAAAGUUCGGGCUGAUGGACGAUGCGAGGAGGGUGUUUGAUGAGAUGCCUGAAAGGGACGCAUUCCCGUGGAAUGCGCUGAUGGCCGGUUAUGUGCAGUGUAAGCAGGGCAAGGAGGCUCUUGGAUUGUUUCAUGAGAUGCAGGAAGCAAAGGUGAGGCCUGAUGAGAUUACCAUGGUCAAUAUUUUAUCGGCUUGCUCGCAGCUUGGAGCUCUAGAAAUGGGUAUGUGGGUUCACCAUUACAUCGACCGACACCGGCUUUCACUUAGUGUCACACUAGGCACAAAUCUAGUUGACAUGUAUGCAAAGUGUGGGAACAUCGAGAAGGCCAUCCAUGUUUUCAAAGAUUUACCGGAGAAAAAUGCGCUCACGUGGACAGCAAUGUUAUGCGGCCUGGCAAAUCAUGGACGUGCUGAUGAGGCAAUACAGUACUUCCGUAGAAUGAUAGAGCUUGGAUUGCAGCCUGAUGAGAUUACAUUCAUAGGGGUUCUGUCUGCAUGUUGUCAUGCUGGCCUGGUUAAAGAAGGCCGUGAUUUUUUUUCCCUACUGGUCUCAAAAUAUCACCUUGAGAGGAAAAUGAAACAUUAUUCAUGUAUGAUAGACUUGCUAGGCAGAGCAGGUCAUUUAGAUGAAGCAGAGCAUCUAGUAAACACCAUGCCAAUGGAGCCUGAUGCAGUAGUGUGGGGUGCUCUCUUCUUUGCUUGUAGAAUGCAUGGUAAUAUUACUCUGGGUGAAAGGGCAGCAAUGAAAUUAGUAGAGCUUGACCCGAGCGACAGUGGAAUAUAUGUGCUACUGGCUAACAUGUAUGUAGAGGCAGGAAUGAAGAAGAAGGCUGAUAAAGUGAGGGUGAUGAUGAGGCACUUGGGAGUGGAAAAAGUUCCUGGAUGUAGUUGCAUCGAGCUAAAUGGGGUGGUUCAUGAAUUUAUCGUGAAGGACAAGUCACAUACAGACAGUGAUGCUAUCUAUGACUGCUUGCAUGAUAUCACACAACAAAUAAGGCACACUGCAAACAUGAUUGACAUUUGUGCAACUGGCUGAGGCCUGCAAGAUGUGAUAUGUUCGAUUAUUUUGCGCAACUCAACCAUGUCGUGAGUUAUGCCAGGCAAUGUGCUAAGAUAAGUAGGAUUUGCUGAUGUCCAUCAAACUUUGGGCCAUUACAUCAGCAUUGUGGCCCUUUUACAGCUUACCAGUCGAUGAAAAAUUCAAGUGCAGAUGCUCAAGGCAGUAUCUCAAUUCACAAGUCCUUUGAAUUCUGUUAGGCCGGUAAAGAGAGCAGGAAGCAGAUCCAUCUGUGAAGUCUUCAACUUUCACCUCCAUAUCUGGAGCACGAAACGUUGCUUGCGUCUGUUGGACCUGGACCCUCUCGGAGUGUGAUUCAAAGUCUGGUGAGUGGUGACAGCCUAUUCCUCGGCAAAUGCCACGAAGAUUGGACAAGCCAAGGUCAAUUUGGUUAGUUCAUUACCUAAACUUCUAUAAUCGCUAGUCAAUGAAGAAACGCCAUGCCAAUUGUUCUGCAAUUGCAGCCCGUAAGGAUUGGAUAUUAAAGAAGUGUGUUUUCCAAAAUAAUAUUAUUUGAGCAGUACUCCCUCCACCCCAUAAUGUAAGACGUUUUUUGACACUACACUAAUGUCAAAAAACGUCUUACAUUAUGGGACGGAGGGAGUAGUAGAUUGUAGGAUUGUAUUCGAGGGCUAAACUUAUGACCUGGAAUGCAUGUCAGUAAGCUAUAUGUAUCACUAUAGGUCAGACAAAGAGCAGAUCAAGUAAGUAUCUCCUUGGGGUACGCACAUCAAGCUCAAAUUCCGCAAGUGUUGUUCAAUGUUGCUGGUUCCGAUUCCUUCCUUUCUUGACUGAACCAAAGCUUCACGUUACAGCUUCAAAUGAAUGUGAAAAUGUGAUAGAAUAAGGAACAAGAGUCCGGUACUGGAUUUCAGAACGCUGCUUCGAAUUUCUCAAAUUUGCAAGUAAUAUCUAAUAUGUACUCGCUAACUUGCUAAGUACGCCAUAUAUUAUUUAAAGGUCUACUUAGAUCAGAACAAUACUGUAUAUGUUAGGUGGAAGGUGGAACAGCCCAAUCGACCACCUCCCCCACCACAGUAUUGUACUCGAGUGGGUGGAUUUGAGGUGUCCAAUCAUUACUAAAAAAAUAAAAAAAUUCUGUUGCAAUACUGUUUCAUGCAAAAUUGGUUGCAGUAUUUUCUUGGAUGUUUAAAGACAAAAGUUCAUGCAACUUGUAUGGAAUAAAUCCUCACCUAAUGCAAACAAAUCAUGGAACAAUGCAAUUGCGGAGCUUAGCUUGGGUCAUACGGGCAAUGCCCCUUCUCAAUAUUUUAGCCUUUCAUAAAAUAUCUGACAUUAGCUCCAAGAGCUGGAGCUACUUACGCAUCAAGGUAACCCUAUUUCUCAUACAGUUUAUCCACCUUUGAUGGCCCCUGCUUAAAUACACUUAUGCAGCAUGCAAAAACAACCUGUGGAACAU